AGGAACUGCCACAGCACACUCCCACAUUUGGCUUAUGCGCCCCCAAACUGCAGCACACACUUGGGUAAGAGUAGCAAUUGUGCAUACAGGUGUGUAUGGGUCGGGGUGUGUGUGUGGGAGUCUGGCCUGCUAUCACCCUAAAUUCCCUAAUGGGUUUAAGACCCUGAAACCGCCAAGUUAUAGAACCUUAGUCGUCUCUCCAGGAUCCCCCCCUCCCACGGUUCUCCCCAGAGAUCUCCCGCCAGUCACCCAUGCCCGCCCCUUCGAGGGCAGGGCCCUAUUAACCCGUCGCUGGCUCGGAGGGGGGGGGGCGGACCGCUCCCCCCUUCUUUUCCCCUCCCCCUCCUGUCUCUUCUCUCCCCCCCACCUUCCCCUCCCCCUCCCCUUGGUGAGGCGGCGGCGGCUGCGGCGGCAACCGCGGCGGCAGCGGCAGCCGGCAGCCGCGGUGAUAGCAGCAGCAGCAGCAGCAGCAGCAGCAGCAGUAGUAGCAGCAGCAGCAGCAGCAGUACUAGCAGCAGUAGCAGCAGCGGAGGCGGAGGAGGCUGAGGCGGCUGAGGCUGAAUCGGCGGCGGCGGCGGCGGCGGGCGGGGCUCAGCUCGGGCUCAGGCUCUGGCUCCGGCUCCGGCUCCGGCUCCGGCUCGAGCUCUAGCUUGGGCUCGGCGGGCGGGCGGGCGGACAUGGCGGCCAACAUGUACCGGGUCGGAGAUUAUGUCUACUUUGAGAACUCUUCAAGUAACCCAUAUCUAAUCAGAAGGAUAGAAGAACUUAAUAAGACGGCAAAUGGCAACGUGGAAGCAAAAGUAGUAUGCUUUUAUAGACGGCGAGAUAUUUCCAACAGUCUUAUAAUGCUUGCAGACAAACAUGCUAAAGAGAUUGAAGAAGAAUCUGAAACUUCAAUAGAUGCUGAUUUGACAGAUAAACAGAAACAUCAGUUAAAACAUAGAGAACUAUUUUUGUCACGCCAAUAUGAAUCCCUUCCUGCAACACAUAUCAGGGGAAAAUGUAGUGUUGCACUUCUGAAUGAGACAGAAUCAGUUUUGUCAUAUCUUGAUAAAGAGGAUACCUUUUUCUAUUCUUUGGUUUAUGAUCCUUCACUGAAAACACUUUUAGCAGACAAAGGUGAAAUCAGAGUAGGACCUAGAUAUCAAGCAGAUAUACCAGACAUGCUUGCAGAAGGAGAAGGAGAUGGCAGAGAACAAUCAAAGCUGGAGGUUAAAGUUUGGGAUCCAAACAGCCCUCUUACUGAUCGACAGAUUGACCAAUUUUUAGUUGUAGCACGUGCGGUCGGAACCUUUGCUCGAGCCCUUGAUUGCAGUAGUUCAGUCCGGCAGCCCAGUUUACACAUGAGUGCAGCUGCUGCUUCAAGAGACAUCACUCUGUUCCAUGCUAUGGACACAUUAUACAGACACAGCUAUGAUUUGAGCAGUGCAAUUAGUGUUCUGGUACCACUCGGAGGACCUGUUUUAUGUAGAGAUGAAAUGGAAGAAUGGUCUGCUUCUGAAGCCAGCCUAUUUGAAGAGGCUUUGGAAAAAUACGGAAAAGACUUCAAUGAUAUUCGUCAGGACUUUCUUCCAUGGAAGUCUUUGACAAGCAUCAUUGAAUAUUAUUACAUGUGGAAAACUACUGAUAGAUAUGUACAACAGAAACGUCUGAAAGCUGCAGAAGCUGAAAGCAAAUUGAAACAAGUCUAUAUUCCAACUUACAACAAACCAAAUCCAAACCAAAUAUCUGGCAGCAAUGGCAAACCCAACACUGUGAAUGGAGCUGUGGGAACCCCAUAUCAACCUCAGAAUGCACUGAUAGGACGGGCCUGUGAGAGCUGCUACACUACACAGUCUCAUCAAUGGUAUUCUUGGGGGCCACCGAACAUGCAGUGUAGAUUAUGUGCAACCUGUUGGCUGUAUUGGAAAAAAUAUGGUGGCCUGAAAAUGCCAACACAAACAGAAGAAGAGAAGCUGUCCCCCACCCCAACAACAGAGGAUCCCCGUGUUAGAGGUCACAUGUCACGUCAGGCCACACAGGGAAUGCCAGUCCGUAACACUGGAAGUCCAAAGUCAUCUGUGAAGACCCGCCAAGCUUUCUUCCUCCAUACUACAUGUUUGACCAAACUUGCUCGCCAGGUCUGCAAAAAUACCCUCCGGCUGCGGCAGGCAGCAAGACGACCCUUUGUCCCUAUUAAUUGUGCUGCCAUUAGGGCAGAAUAUGCAGACAGACAUUCAGAGGUAUCUGGAAGUCCCCUGAAAAACAAAAGCACUAGAAAACCUUUGGCAUGUAUCAUUGGUUAUUUAGAAAUCCAUCCUGCAAAGAAACCAAAUGUACUAAGAUCUACGCCAAGCCUGCAAAGCCCAUCCACUAAACGGAUGCUUGCCACCCCAAACCAUGCAUCUCUGAGCAUCCUGGGAAAGAGAAACUACAGCCAUCACAAUGGCCUGGAUGAACUCACAUGCUGUGUUUCAGACUGAGGGGCCCUCAUCCCACCCUCCAAACCAAGACUCUUCACUGUCCCACUGAUGUUCACAGCUUUGGCUUAGGAAGAGGCACUUGUGCUCCUGGCACUCUCCAGCUUGAAACCCCCAUGAUCUGACCCCACGCAGAAUCGGUGGCCCUCAGUGGGGAAACUUGAGUUCAGGUCCCCAAAGCUACAUCUCCAUUUUGUGAAUCUAUAGCAAUUCCUUUAGCCUCUCAAGAUACAAGCUGCCCAAGAGCAGGACCCAUUUGGGAAUGGAGGAGACGAACGUUGAUCUUACCAUAACCUAGUCUUAUCUGCAGCCCUCUAGCAUCACAGCAUUUACCGUUUUUCUCUCCCUCCUUUUGAGCACAUAAAUGGUCAGCUGUAUCUCCUAGAAUGAAGCAAGACCCGAGCCCUGCUGCCUUGGAGAGACCGUCACGUUUCACGGAUCAGCCCGACUGGUUUGUGAGGAUCUGUAAUUGUGUCUAAGAGGGGGUUUCUGAAAGGCUUCGUACGCAAUGCGCUCCUAUAUAUACAGCCUGCUGUGGCAUCUUUUCUCCUUUUCCAGGCAUCACAUAACCACCUUCCAUAACUUCCUCUUUGAUGCCAACCUCUUAGUUGUGUGGUUUGGGAUUUUGUUUGUUUGGUUGGUUGGUUGGUUGCUUUUUUUACGGGAAACUGUCUGUCCCCCAGGCAGCAAGAUCUCCAGAAUGAUCUGUCUCAAGAAGCAGAAAUGGCCUUCUGUGAUUCCGUGAAGCCUCUAUCCUCGUCGCCUGUCUUUGUAUUGUCGGAUAUAGCCUGAGGCCUUAAUGUUCACAUGUAGCUCUUAGAAGCCUUCACUCCCCUCCCUCCUUCCAGUGCUUCGACUUUGCCUCAAAUUUGUCACCAGUGAUAGGACACAAGUUAUUUUCUUCCCUUUCUAAGGGGACAUUCUUCUCCCUGGUGAUGAUCCAGGUGUUCUGAGCUCCUCUUUACCAAGUGAUCCCCGCAGUUCAUGUACAGGACAGGCCAGCAGAGGAUAAACUGGGCUGCAUCUGCCCUCAGAUGGCUGAGACAAGCUGAGACUGACAUCUGCCCACUAAAGGACAGGUUUGCCCUUUAGGAAGAUGGAAGGGGAGAGGCAGAGAGAGAGAGAGUGGGAGAGAGGGAGGGGGAAGGAAAGAAGAGAGAGAGAGGGAGAGAGGGAAGGGGAAGGAAAGAAGAGAGAGAGAAAGAGGGAGGGAGGGAGGGGGAAGGAAAGAAGAGAGAGAGGGAGGGAGAUACAGACAGACCUUGGAGGUCCCGGGGAAUCUGCUUGAGCACAGGAUUGCUUCUCUUCGUCUUUUGGCUUGAACGCCCAUCCUCAGCACCAGUCCUUUGUGUCUUUACAACUAAUUAUCAGCUGAGGCUGAAUUGGAAAAAAAAGAGAGGAAAUAAUUCUCCUUUGAAAGGUGAAUGUGGCCUUCUUUUCCCAACGUCAGUAGGCAGCAUGUAGAUGACAUCCCCGAAUCUGACUUUUCGUGUACGUAACUUUUUAAGUCCCAUUUCUAGAAAUAGGAGGGGAAUCCGUGGGAGCUAUAGGCACAAGCCACAUUGUUUUCAGUCAUUUGUCCCUAUGCUAUUUAAACCUCCAGGAGUUGUGAGACAACAUUGAAUUGAAUGAGCCCUCGGGUUCCUGUUUCUCUGGGCACCUGGAUCCUUAAGAGAUGGAUCUGAGUGAACAUAAGAGAUGCACAAUGGGAUGAUACUCUGGGUCAACGUUUCAACAAUUUAACUUGACUUCCAUAAGCAUUAAUUGCUUCCUUUUUUUUUUUUAAUGAGGGCAACCCAGGAAUAUUUCCAGAUCUGUUCUCUAGAGUAAUAGAGGUUAAUGACUGAGUACCAGAAAAGGAGCCAGAUAAAUGGAGACCAGGAUGAGAAAAGGAGAUCAGGGGCUUAGAAAGUCCAAAAAGAUUCCUUUGAGGGUGAUCCUUGGGGCGAAGGGGAAAAAGUAAUCAAAUUUUGUCUGCCUGCUUGCAUGGGCUACGUGAUAGAGACUUCUAAUCUGUUCCUGUUUUAAGAAUGUUUUUCUUUUUGCUAAGAGACUAAAUGACCCCCUCGUCCUCUCCUGUCCCCCUUGAAGCCCCUUAAUAAAUGUAGCCUUCUGAUUUUAAUCUGGCCAUUGAUAACUCCAUCCUCUGAGGAUGUUACAAGAUGGACCCUUCCCCAGGUUCAGGGAGUUGUCUCUACAGGGCCAGGUUCUAAAGGGGAAUAGUCCCCUCGCCCUGGAUGCAGGCGACUUUGGACAUUCCCCUUUGGAAGGAUGCUGGCUCCCUGGGCACUUCAUUCGAAAGGGAACCUUUCUCCAUUUGAAGGUUCUCUGGCCAGCAGCUCCCUGAGCUGCCUAGAAGCAGACUGGAAUGUGAAUGCUGGUGGGGGAUGGAAGGGGAGAGUUUUAAGAACUACCACUCAGCCUUCUGAUCCAGCUUUAUCUGACUAUCGGACUCCUUGCUACUCCUGAAGGUUCCGCAGACUCUCCCAUUGUGUGACUAUAAAACCCCCGUAGCAUGGCCAGUUUCCCUGCAGUCUGAUCAUAUGUCCUGGGGAGUUUUAAACCCACCCACCCACCCACACACACAGCAAAGUAAAUGUUCUUAUGACAAGUCAAUUAAGGCCGACCCUUUUCAUUGAUGCUGGCAUCACUCCCUCUCUGGCUCCACUUCUUCCCUAGGGCAUGAGUAGUUGGAAGAAAACUGAAAUAAGCUAUUGGUCAGGUUUUCAACAUUUUUGUUAAAAUUCAAACUAUCUCAGAGCCCAAUUUCCAUUAGCGUUGGUCCAUUAAAAAAAAAUUAAAACCCUGACCUUUGAUCUUAGAACCAAUACUGUGUAUUAGUUAUUAGUAAGAGCAGUAAGGGGUCUUAAAAAAAAAAGCAGUAAAGGCAAUGGGGGUCACCCAGCUAGGAAGUGUCUGAGACCAGAUUUGAACCCAGGACCGCCCAUCUCUAGGCCCGACUCAAUCCACUGAGCCACCCAGCUGCCCCAGCCUUGGUCCAUUUUAAGAUUUAAGCCAUGUGUUAGUUCUUCUGGCUACCCUGAUGAGAUUAGACAUGCUUUCUUCCCAGUAAGGUAGUGAUACGCCCAGUUAUACUAAGUUCGAGUAAAGGCUGGGGGAUAAGCUGCUGGGAGAUGCAAAAAAAUAAAAUAAAUUAAAUAAAUUAAAGGAUUCAGGACCUGGAUGGCGGUUUGGAUUUAAAGGGCCCAUAAAGUCCCCUCCAACUCUUAGAUUCUCUGAGUCUAAAAAGUAUUCUUUUUGUGAUCCAAGAGUCCUCGCUUCUGUUAGGACUAGAGAUAUUUGAGGUCGGGAGGAGUCACCCCACUUUGUGUUUAAAUAUCACACAUUGAGGAUCUGAUGCAACCAGAAGAUCCGUUGAUUGCUUCAUUUGGUUCAAAGGGGCUCUUUCCCCAACUCCACUAUGCUUCCUCCCAGGUACUCCCACAACCCAGUAGCUUUGUCCUUGCUUGUAUCUUGGACCCUAACUCCCUCCCUCGCUGUCCCCGAUGCUUGUGGUGUGGCCAUGAAUUACCAGCCCAAACCAGGCUACUUUAGAAAUAGAAAUAGAAAUAGAAAUAAAAAUAAAAAUAGAAAAGGAACCAGACACAGAGAGGCCAGAGUCUCACUGCCAGUUGAUGGCAGAGCUGGAUUCUAUCUGAGGUCUUCUGGCUCUUUAUACGAUAGUGCCAUGGCUACCUCUAGUUAAUUUUGGGAACACCCCUGAGGAAAAAAAAGAGAAAAGCCCUGCUUUCUACCAGUUUAUUAGCCUCAGGAGUCACGCUGCACAUUUACUUCAGACAAAUAAAUGGAAACCACCGUCAGGGUCGAUAACCUGACCAGAUUUAGUGUUUCACCAGCUCUGAAAAUUUCCUUUAAUGAUGACAGCGGAUUAUGUCUGAAUGAGUAGCGUUCCUCAUUAUUCCCCAGGCCCCAGAAUCCCCAAGCUGCAACUAGGGAGAACCUCUUUAGAGUCUAGAUCGUUUGGCCCCAAGUCACUCCCAGGAGAAGCUGCUCUGACAUGGGAAGAAACAAGUCCAGUGUUUGUACCCAUCCAGAUAAUGCUUUCCGUGAGAUUUCUUAUUUGGAAAUUUGAAGCUAAGCUUAGAACUGGUUUGGACUUAAGACUUUCCCCAGCUUUUUUUUUUUAACUUUUUAAUCAAGGUUAGGGAGUGGAGAAAGGAAAACAUUUAAGGGAAAUGAGUAAUAACCCUCUAAUCUCUCCUCCCCAAUGAAGAUUGGAACCUCUAGGAAGAGAGAAAUAGGGAAGAAGGCUGGGGGUAGAAAAGAGGCAUACUGAAACCUGAACCAUUCUCUAUUUUAGAGGAGACCUGUGGAUUUCUCCUGUUGUCUAGUGUGUGAGAGUUUCCAGAAAAUGAAGGUGAGGGUGGUGGGGAUAUCCCAGAGACAAAGCUCCGAGGGCAUUUACAUUUUUAUUUGUAAAACUUUUGGACUCUGAUUUGAAAAGGUCCUUCUAGCUCUUAAAAUUAAUUUCAAAAGGGACUACAUAAGUGAAGGCAAUAAACAGAUGGUGGCUUCAUUUCUCUAGCAAAGAUAUUCUUAAUCUGGGAUCCAUGAAUUAUUAAAAUAUAUAUUUAAAAGCAUUAUUCUGAGAAGGAAUUCAUAAACUUUGCCAGAUUGCCAAAGGGGUCCAUGAAACACAAAAGCAGAUAAAGAGUACCUGCUCUAGAAUGAAUAGAAUCUGGAGUGAUUAGUCACUAGUACUGUGGAUAAAACCACAAAGGAGACAGAACAGCCUUUCCUCAACUAUACUCCAGAAGUGUGUCUUCUGUCCUGACCUGUCCUGACCAACCCAAGUCCCUAGGGGUUGGAUGAAGGUCACCUUAAGUCAGCCUGCCUCAUCCAGGGAUGGGCAAUGACUUUGAGCAGAUUUAUUUCUCCAAAGGUGAACUCAGCCUUCAUACGUACCUAGGUUCCUGAAAGAUUCAGAUAAAUUCAUAGAGAAUGGCACCCUAACGAGUUAUUGAGGGGAGAGAGAGUUGGAGACUUCCUUGAUCCCUCAAGAUGCUCUCCAGGAGGCCAUCUCAGCUCUGCCAACUUCUUCUUGGGACCCUACUGGAGAUAAGAUUCUAGAUUAGAAUCUCUGGAAUUUGGUAGUGGCUGCCAUUUGAAGCAUCCCUGUACUAAAGAUAAGAUGCCAUUUUCUUUGGGGGUGGAUAUAGGUGGAAAGAGAAAGGAGUGAUCUACAAGCCAGUUCCAUGUAGUCCCUUUGUGGGGGUAGAGGAAGGGUCAGUCUUAAAGGAAUACAUGGUAGGACUCCACUGGGAGUUCUCACCUACAUGUGGAUAUCCCACUCAACACCAGGUACACAUCCCUUUGCACCAUCAAAUGCCACACACAAACACACGUUUGCUCCCUGAGUGCUUCCCGCAUAUUUUUUCCUGAACUUCGGUGAUUUAGUGCUGUGGCCAAGAUCACAGGAACAAACACCAGACACAAGACCAGAUGUUCCUUCUGUAAGUUUGCUUUAUUAAGGUAGAACAGGGUAAUUCAUGACAGGUGGCUGAACUUAGCUUUGAAGAAACCAAGCAUGAUCCAUUUCCAAGCCCCUUCCGAGUUCUAGGACCUACUUCAUCUUCCAAGUCCUGUCUCACCACUGGUUUGAGACUGGGACCUGGAGAAGUGUUUCAUAUCUGAGAAACCCAUCUGUCUGCAGCUGUAUCUGUCCAGCUCUCUUCUUUUGAAUUUCUUAAAGUCCGAGGGCUGACUGGGAAAGGGGAAGUUCACUACAAAAGUUCUGUUCCCAUCAACCAAAAUUUGUAUGAUGGCGCCUCAUGACCAGAGUAAUCACAUCCCUUUGUCCAAGUUUCUCAGAUAUUUUCCUAAUGAUAGAUAAGACUGGGGCCAGUAGGGCAAAGGGUUGCUUGGUUUCCUACGUAGAGACCAAUAUCUGGACCUAAUCCUGCAAAGUUCCUGUAUUCCUCCUUGAAUCUGUCUACCUACUUGAAUCUGGUUUGGUAGAAAGAGCUGCCUUCAUCACCCUCUUGUUCAUCACACGUUUGAGCUGACUGCUCUGCCCUACAGAGCAGCACCUUGCUCUGGUGGAGAAAGCUGGGGCUAGAGAAAAGGUAGAGCAUAGGAUCAAGGGUGCUGUUGAGGUAGGUGAAGGCCAGUGCUCCAUGGAACAGCUCUGUGCAGAGGUUGAGGGUUUGGCAAUUACUGACUCGCUGAGCUAGGAUGGAGGCUAUAGCGAAGACAAUGCUAGGCAAGAAGCAGGAAAUGUACACGGUGACAAUUACUCCCAGUACAAGCACUGCCCGUCGUGUUCCUGCUUGCUUGUCCAGUUUCCGUCGUCUGAUAGUGAUGAUGAUGCUGAAGAUGGAGAAGAGGAUAAUUCCCAGUGGCAGAAAGAAUUCUAGCACAUAGAGUAUGUGGUGCCAGCGCUGGGGAAUAGAGCCUGUACUGUUUAUUGUAAAGCUGAGGCAAGAGAAAUUGGAGUAAACAGGCUGAUGAUCCUGCAGGAGUAGGGGCAUAUUCAUGAGCAGGAUGAGCACCCACAGCCCCACGGAAACCUGGGCUGCGGAUCUUGCAGAUGCCCGGCUCAGUGUGUGGUGGGGCCAUACAACCUUCAGAUAGCGAUUCAAUGCGACAGCAGUGAGGAAGAUAAUGCUGGCUGUACGGUUAGUGGACAUCAUGAAGAGGUUAGCUUUGCAGGCACCAGGUCCAAAAUUCCACUUCUGGCCAUUGACAUAAUAAUCGAUCCGAAAGGGUAAGUUGAUGAUCAGGAGGAAAUCAGCAAUGACUAGGCACAGGAGAAAAAUGGUAUUAGAUUUCCAAGGUCGGAUAUGGACGCAGAAGAUGAAGAAUGCAAAGCCAUUCCCCACUAGCCCCACAAUACACUCCAAGGUCAGCACUGGCGCCAAGAAGGCUGACAAGGCAGGGGUCGCUUUCAGUUUGCAAGUGGACAUUUUCCCUCCUUGCUUUGUACUUCAAAAUCUUGAAGAGCAGGAAGACGAUGGCUGGGACCCCCUCAGGAUCACUUCAGACUCGUGUUGUCCAUCAGGCUACCUUCAGUGAUGAGCGCAGGACUAGACUACUAAAACAAAGAAUAAAGCUAACUAGAGGUCUAAUAGCCAACCACAGGAAAUAAGGCAGCAAUAGUCAAUUGUGUAACGUCCGUGGGUUUUCAUCUGACGUUCUCACGGCUGAUCAAGAUCAGAAGCAUAGAAGAACUACUUUCAUUCCCACUACCGCUGUGCUUUGUUUGACCUCCCGAAGGGACCCCAAAACUAGGACUGGGGUUACAUCUACUUGGAAAAUGACAGAGCUGCCUUCACAAGAAAACUCUGCCCGGCGGAGGGAGGGAUGACUUGCCUCUCUGACCCUGUGGCUAAAGUAAUUUAUUCCCCUGUCUAUCCUGGGCUCUGGGAUAAGGGGUCUGACAUCAUGUUUGGAUACUGUGGGAUUGGUCCAGCCUCUGGGCUAGAGAAAGAUCUUUCCUGGCCCAGCUCAGAGGUCUGAUUUCCCAGCUGAAAAAUGAUCAUUUUCACCAGAAAUUUGCUUCGUUUAAACACUUUCUUUCAGUAUCUUAUUUAUUUGUGAACAUGUGUUAUCAUUCCUCUCAGAUUGUAAAUUCUGAGGACAGAAACUGUCAUUUCGUCUUCGUAUGCCCAGCACUUAGUACAGUUCAUGGUCAAUAUUUAGUAAAUAUUUGUGGAAUUGAAUUGAUUCAGAGAUGAGGGCUUUGCAUCAAUUCAAAUCAGAUCUACUGUUUGCUGAACUUGUACAACAUACAGUUCUAGUAACUGGACUCUUACAUUGUUCAUUGUAAUUAAGCCGCUCCGCCUUGUUAACUGUGUUCUUGUCUUGUUUGUGAGCCUGAAGUCACUGCUUUGGUGCCUAAUCCCUUCUAGUCCCCAGGAACUGGAUUCCUUUCCCUGUGACCCCCUCCCUGCUGGCUGCCAUCAGGCUACCCCAAUGCCCAGCUCAGUUUGGCUGCCAGGACCCACCUGCUGCCCUGCCUGGCUGCUUCUCUGCUUAUUCAGCCUGACAUGGCACUCCCCUAAUGUAAUGUCCUUGGACUUUCCCACCCAAUUACCUGCCCAUCUCCAGUGCAUCUUUCUAGUUCCUGGAAAUCAUGGAGAAGUAAAUAGACGCAGGGCAGGAAAUAGACCAGAUGUGUACUGAGGAGGUUAGUCAGUUUGCCUUUCUCAAGGCUCUUGACCGACUCAGUGACUUCUGGGAAACUCCGGUGCAGAGUAGAGUGCCUGAUACUUAAUAAAUGCACUUAAUAAAUGUUGGUUAAAAUGAA